UGUCACUUUUAUUUAAUUUUUGCUUUUGUAUGGGUGGAGUGUGACAUUUUAACAUGGCUAAUGACGAUUUGUGUGUCCCAGGUCCCAGGCCAGGAUGUUGACUUUGAUUUCGUACCCAAAAACCAAACACUUAAAAGUUCUACAUCUAGUUUAAAUAAAAUUAUGAAAUUCUGUAUUCAUAAUAAUUAGUGUAAUACAAAAAUGACCCACACAAAAACCGAUAUCAUCUCCAAUAAAUUGCAAUUGGAGUUUAAUCCUUUAAAACUAACGAAAUGCGGUGAAAUACAAAUUAAUGACUGGUGUACGAAUGCUUAUAUAUUUUGCGCCUUUUGUUGCGACGACGGCGACCCUGAUAACAAAUACUUUACAACACUCCAAGAAUUUAUUGAUCACAUUCGUUGGCAUCGUUCGGAAUCGGAUGAUCGUGGAGAUUUAAAUUCGCCAAUCUUACAAAAUGGCAUUGGAAACAUUGGAUUCGAUGGACUAGAAGAUGACGCGCCUCCAAUUCAAGAGCCCGAGUUCUUGACUGAUUGGAUUGCCCCUCCUGAAGAAUUAUUUGCAUCGAAUACCAUAACAAAUUUUAUUGAAAUGGAACCGCAUCCACAUGAAAGUGAGUUAGUGGGUGUUAAUAAACCUGAAGUAGAGCAACAAGGCAAUGAGAAAAACACACCCAUGUCAAAGCCAACGCAGGUCGAGGAAGAUGUGUCGGAACUUACCGGGGAGGUAUUUAUUGAGUUGUUGGAUCUAUACAAAAAGUGCCCAUGUGUUUGGCACGAGCGUAUUGCAUCCACAACAAAUUCGGAUAUAAUAGACGGUGUCUACAAGCUACUGACUGCACAUUUCAACAAAUACGCCCAACAAUCUAAACCAGUUGACUAUGUGCGUCGCAUCCUAAUCCAAGUAAAGAAUUGCUUCCUGGAGGAGUACAAAGAUUUAAAACAGACUACGGAAGCUGAUUCUCUUCCGUGGUAUUAUCCCUAUCUAAGUUUUAUAUUGAACUGUGAUUCCGUUGACCUAGAUAAAAGUAUUUUUACAGAUUUUAUAUGCCCUAUAUGUACGUUAGACCUCAGUUCGCAAGAAGACCUAUGGAAUCACCUUAUGAAGUUUCAUAUUGAAUUGGCGAAACCCAAAGAAAUAGACAAUUCUGACGAUGUGAAUAAACCGCCCAGCAAUAAGUAUCCGGCAGAAGUAGUGGAUAAAUUCAUCGACCUGUACAGGUCGCAAACUUGUCUCUGGGAUAAGACUAAUAAGGAAUAUUAUUCCCGUUUGAUGCGUCGAAAAUCGUAUGAUCUUUUAUUGGAUAUCCUCCAUGAACAUGACCCGGAGGCCAACCAUGCUGAAGUUGGACGUAGAAUCAAUUAUUUAAAUGCUGAGUUAGCUAGCACUAAGAAAGAUGUUAUUACCUCCGAAAAUUGUUUAUCAAUACCAGACGAACAGAUCGAACUCUUUAUGGAGAAUAUAUCAGUGAAGAAAAAUCGAAAUCCGCCACCACAGCUUAAAGUGCGGCCAUGCAACUUUAGGAAGAAAAUAAGAAGUGGCAAGUGCCCCAUAUGCGCCACAUCCUUCAGCGAUCACGCGGCUUGGCUAACUCACAUGGAGUCGACUCAUACCAGUGAGGAUUUUCAAUCUAAGGAUGGUUUUUUUUAUUGUACUGUAUGCGGUUGGCAGAACAAGACCAAAAAGCUUCUCAUGCGUCAUCUGCGCAACAAGCACACGAAUAAUCUUCGUCGCUGCACCGACUGCAAUUUAGGAUUUCGUCUUUUAUCGCAGCUAGUUGAUCAUAGAGCCAAGGUACACAACGACUUCAAUCCAUUUAAAUGCGAGACAUGUGGCGAUGGAUUCCCUUCCCGAUCAGCCCUGCGCACCCACGCAACAACGCAUUUAAGUACUGAAGAACGGUCAACCUGGUGUGUAGAUUGCGGGACCAAAUUUGCGGACAUGAAGUCGUACAGAGCACACAUCCGAAGGCACAAACUCGACAAAAAGGAGAUGCUAUGUAAGUUUUGUCAAAAAAAAUGGCCAACAUUAGCAGACUUAAGAAAACAUAUGCGCACACAUUUAAGCUCUAGCUCAGUGGCGCACAAGUGUGAUAAAUGUGGCAAAGGCUUCACAAGCCCGCAGCUAUUAAAGAAACAUUUAAAUGAAACUCAUAAUGUGACUAACUCAAGUAUCCACAUCAAUCGAAACACGGUAAAGAAACAGAUAUACACGUCUAAGAUUUGCCGACAAAAUCAAUCUCGUGUCAGUUGCGAUGAUUGCGGUGCAAAGUUCUUUCGGAAAACAUCACUGCGUAAGCAUAAACGGCUGAAACAUGAUCGAACUGCCUGUGCAUCAUAGAAAAACAAAUAGUAAUAUUGAGUAUUAUAAAUAACGCCUUAGGCAAAAUGUAGAGUAGAUUUUUCAAAAAAUAAAACCACAUUAAAAGUGUUUUGUUUUAUUGGUUA